UUCCCCGGUAAGGCGGCGAAAGGCGCUCUGCGCAUGGCCAGAGGAACUCGCUCCCGCCGCCUCCCUCGAGCGCCAGCCGCCCUUGUAGUUCUUCCUCCGCGGCUCCGGGAGUCUCUCUCUUCCCGGGGUGGCCCGCGGCUCGCCCUGCGCUUCCUGCCCGCUGCCCUCCGCCCUCCGCCCGCUGCCUCCAGCUGUGGCAGGACGGCCCCGCGGGGCAUGAGAGCGACCCCCCUCCCAGCCAGAGAAAAGAGCCGGGGAUCCCAGUGUGGCCUGGGCUGCCAUGGAGGGCAUGUUCCUGUCCCUUCGGGCUGAGCUGGUCAGUGCCUUGAUUGAAAGCUGCACAUACCAGAACCCCGAGGCUGUGCAGCGUCUGGUGGAGUUGGCCUUGCCGCCCGCCCAGAAGUACCAAGAGAUCAACGCGAAAGGCAUCGUAGAAGCCAACAUCCAGGGGCAGACCCCAAAAGACCUUCAAACACUUUCCACUGCCCUGAACAUCCUGGAAAAAUAUGGGCGCAACCUACUGAACCCCCACAAGCCCCGUUUCUGGAGAACCGUCAAGUUUAACAACCCCGUCUUCCGGGACACGGUGGACACCAUUCAGGGUGGACGGGACGUUCUGCGCCUCUAUGGCUAUUCGGAAGAGCAGACGGACGGGCUGUGCUUCCCCGAGCACUUGCAGGAACCAGACACCCUCCGCGUGGCCUCCAUCACGGUGGACAUCAUCCUGUUACGGGCGGAACUGAACCUUCUCCUUUCGGACAAUCACCCCAAUCCACACAUUUUGCACGAGUUGAUGCAGGGAGGGAACAGGAUGCAGGUCAGUCUCAAGGCUGACGUCUUCCCCGUCCAAGAACGCAUGCCUCAGCAAACGCACUCGGCUUUAUCGCACACAGCAGGCUACCUGUCUCCAGAUACCUGCCAGCUGUGUGGCCUGGAGCCCCCGUCUCUGCACUGCCCCUCUUGCGUUCAGUCUCUGUGCCCCGACUGUGACUCCCUCUUCCACAAGCACCCUUCACGGACGCAUCACCACCGGAUGCCCCUGAAGGACCAGGCGUGCUGGAGUCCCCCGCCACCUCCGCCACCUCCCAGCCUCUCCGGAGUGGCCGCCGACGCCGCCUCCCUGCGUCCCCCGAUGGAGUCCCUCCUCUCCGCCUGGCGCAGCCUUCCGGCCCAGCGGCUGCCCUGGCGCUGUGCCGCCUGCCACGUGGUCAACGACGCCCGCGCCGUCCUGUGCGCGGCCUGCGACCGCCCCCGCGGGUGCAAGACGCCGCUGCACUGCGAGGACGAGCUGGGCAGCCUGGCCCGGGGCCAGUGGGCCUGCCAGUCCUGCACCUUCGUGAACGAGGGGGCCACGGUGCUGUGCGCCGUGUGCGAGAGGCCCCGGCUGGCGGGGCGGCCCGGCACGGGCGACGCCAAGCCCCUGAUCGCCUGGGGCGAGGAGAGCGGGGCGCAGCAGGAAGAGCCCCCCGGCUGGCAGUGUGAGCACUGCACUUUCUGGAACAACAUCCGAGGCCGGGUCUGCGAAAUGUGCAACCGCACCAGCUCACGAGGGGCCCCCGAGCCCCCGAACCCACGUGCGCCGCCGGAGAAAGAGGCGGCUGAAUGGCUGAGGAAGGGGCCUGACGAGGCUGCGGCGGAGCCCAAAAGUCUGUGGAAGGGUUCGUCCAUCCCCCACGAGGAGGCGGAGCACCGGAGGCAGGAGAAGCUGCGUGAGGACGGGCAGAAGCUGGUCUCCAUGAUCCGGGAGGCGGAGGCGGCAGGGGUGGCCCCCGAGCUGGUGGCGGCGGCCUUGCACUACUCGGGGGCCGAGCGGCCGCUGGCCUGGCUGCACUCGGAGCUGCCCUGCGUCCUGGAGGGGGUGGCCGAGCUGGCCACCCAGCAAGGCGAGCAGGAGCCUGGUGGCGGCCUCGGCGUGGUCACCUGCAAGGAGGUCCGGGCCGCCUGGGUGGCGAGCCAGGGAGACGUGGACGACGCCGUCCGGCAGUGCCUGAGCGCGCGGCGCAGAACGGUGCAGGAGCUGAAGGCGCUGGGCUUCGAGGAGCGGGGCCCCGUGCUGCAGGCCUUGUACCAGAACCAGGGCGACCUGUGGCGGGCCCUGGUGCAGCUGCAGCGCCAGCGGCUGGAGCCCUUCCACCAGCGCCUGUGGGAGAGCGAGGAGCCCCCCAUCGACUUCCACAGCCCCGAUCGGCAGGCACUGCUCCGUCGCCUCCUGGCCUCGCUCUCCCUGCCCAGCUGGGGCCGGGCCGAGCUGGUGGUCUCCCUGGUGCUGGAGCAGCCGGCUGAGGGGGGCCUGGAGCUGGCCGAUAUCGUGGAGGCCGUGAAGGCAUCCCCGAGCCGCGACUUCAUCAAGCGCCUGCUGAGCUGGGAGUGUGCCGUCUGCAGCCUGGUUCUGCCUCGCAACAAGAUGCAGUCUCUGACUUCGUGUGAGUGCACCAUCUGCCCGGAGUGCUUCGCCCUGCACUUCACCAUCGCUGUGAAAGAGAAGCACAUCACGGACCUCGUGUGUCCCGCCUGCUCCGAGCCCGAGAUCAGUGACGAAAAGGAGCUGCUCAACUACUUUUCCACGCUGGACAUCCAGUUGCGCAGCUGCUUGGACACGGAGACCUACGAACUCUUCCACAAGAAGCUGACCGAGCGAGUCCUGAUGCGGGAUCCAAAGUUUCAGUGGUGCACACACUGCUCCUUCGGCUUCAUCUACGAGUCCGAGCAGCUGGAGGCCAAGUGUCCGCAGUGCCGCAAGAGCUUCUGCGUCCAAUGCAAGCGGCAGUGGGAGCCUCAGCACCAGGGCCUGUCCUGCGAAGAAUUCCUGGAGUGGAAGCGCACCAAUGACCCGGAGUACCAGGCACAGGGCUUGGCCAUGUACCUGCAGGAGAAUGGGAUCGCGUGCCCCAAGUGCAAGUUCUCCUACGCCUUGGCCCGCGGAGGCUGCAUGCAUUUCCAGUGUUCCCAGUGCAGACACCAUUUCUGCAGUGGUUGCUAUGGUGCCUUCUAUGCCCCAAACAAAUGCCCGAUAGCCGACUGUCCGAUCCGGCGCUCCCUCCAUGGGCACCACCCCCGCGACUGCCUCUUCUACCUGCGGGACUGGAAUGUUCCACGCCUGCAGCAUCUCUUACAGGAUAACAACAUCGUCUUCAACACGGAUCCCCCGGCUGGGACCCGAGCCACACCUGGAGGUGGAUGCCGCGUCAUGGAGCAGAAAGAAACCCUCAUGGGCCUGAAAGACGAACCUUGCGGGAAGGAGACUCAGGCUGGAUACGCCGGGCUUUGUGAGGCACACUACAAGGAGUACCUGGUCAACCUGAUCAACAGUUACUCCCUGGACCCGGCCGUGCUGUACACGCUGCCCGAAGUGGAGAACACAUGUCGCCGCUACCUGCCUGGGCAGCAGCUACCUGCUCAAGGAGCGGCUGAGGAGGAGGUUUAUCGUGGGCGUUUGGUCCAGAUUCUCAGGGAAGAGGUGCCUCUAGGCCCGAAAAUUCCACGCAGGCGGAAGUAACAGGACGCCAGUGUCCCCUGCAGCAUGGAAGGAAAGCAGUCUUGGGGCCGGUGAUCCACUCCUCUUGAGGAGCCUGUGUCCUCAAGAAGUGGAAGAGGAUUCUCCUCCUCUUCUGGCUGGGGACCCUACUUAACAGUUUGAAAGCUGCACUAGAUUUGGGGUGUCCAAGCGCCGUCUUAAGACCACCCCCCAGCCACUGGCGGUCUCCUUGGCCACAUCCUGGCCCGAAUCCCAUCACUGUGAGAACAAAAGUCUCAGUGAAUGUUGGGGAGGGGAAAAGGAGGAUUGUAACUUCCGCAGAAUCCUGUUCAGGCAGAGCUUUUUAGAAAAAGGGACAGCUAGAUUUCAUGGUGGGGUUUUCAGUUGUGGGGACUGAAAGGAGUCAGCAUUGUUUCUGUGAUCCACUGGAGACGUUCUUGUUGUAGUCUCAGGUCUGCCCCCUCCCGAUCUGUGCCCUUCUCGUCUGUUACCUCUUCUCUGAGGCUGCAUAUCUCUUAGGGAAAAAUACCUCCAAAUAAAGGUUCCAUGAUUUAAAAAA